AACAACAGAAAAAGUAUCAAGCUUGCAACUGCGAUAGAAAAAACAUCAGUUAAUUGAAAAAAAAUGUGAGAUAAUUUUAGUUACAGUAAUUUUUUUUAAUAUAACUUAAUAAUAAUAAUUUAUCAGUAAAUAGUUUUAAGUGAGUUAUCUGUCACGUGAUCAAUUGUUCUUGUUUUUGACAAACCACUUUGUUUUUGUUCUUGUUUCUGAAGUGAUUAACAUUUGAGGUUAUAUGAUCACUGAUCAGACUACAAUGACUGCAUAGCUGUGAUUAGCCAAAAUUAAAUCUUAAUUAGAGUAAUUAAUAGAUUAAAUUGAUUCAAUCAUCUCAUUAUCGUUCAAAUAUGUCAGAUUCAAAACGUCCAGAAUUAUUUGAAGAUGUCAAGCUUUUUAGAAACGCCAGAGAACGUGAGAAGUAUGAGAAUAUGGCAGAUCUCUAUGCUGUUAUCAAUACACUCCAAAAUCUUGAAAAAGCCUACAUUAGAGAUUGUGUGACUGCAAAGGAGUAUACAGCUGCCUGCAGUAAACUGCUUGUACAGUAUAAAGCUGCUUUCAAACAAGUGCAAGGAGAUGACUUUCCCAACAUUGAAGCUUUCAUCAAAAAAUAUAGGCUCGACUGUCCGGCAGCAAUGGAAAGAAUACGCGAAGAUAGACCAAUCACUAUAAAAGACGACAAAGGAAAUACUAGCAAAUGCAUCGCUGACAUUGUGUCGCUAUUUAUCACAAUUAUGGAUAAGCUGCGAUUGGAAAUCAAAGCAAUGGACGAACUGCAUCCCGAGCUGAGAGACCUGAACGACACGAUGAACAGGCUGAGCAUUCUGCCUUCAGACUUCGAAGGCAAGCGCAAAGUGAAGGACUGGCUGGAUGUGCUGGAGAACAUGCACGCCUCCGACGAGUUGACCGACUCCCAGGUGCGCCAACUCAUCUUCGACUUGGAGACCUCCUACAACGCUUUCAACAAACUUCUGCACAGCUCCUAAUCACUGUUCGUAACAUAUCCUUGUAAUAUAUAUUAUUUCUAUCUAACCACUUAUUCUCCAAACUAUAAAUGUAUUCAUAUUUUCAUAUUGUAAUCACUAUAUUGUUUUGUUUUUAAAUAUUUAGUAAAAAAUACAUUCCUAAU